CAAACACACAGCCAGCACAGACAUGAUACCGCGGGAUUCCCCUCUGCCAGCGAGUUUCCUGCCCUCAUAAACAACCCGCGCGAUCGAAAGAGAGAACCGAGCCUCGGUCGCGGUUUUCUAUUCGUGGCUCGUCGGGGCUGAAAGCGCAUGAUCCGGUUUUUUCUUGCACCUGCUUCGGGGGUGCGUUUUUCCUCUCAGCAGCUCUCGAUCGGGCCUGACAUUAACAAGGAAAUCAGCCCUGACUCCAGGGGCCUGCUGCAGCACCAGCCUCUGUCACCGGGCUCCAAGACAAACAUCGACUCCCGGAGGCUUUUAGGUCGCUGUUUCGGUUGUUUCGCUGCGUCCUGAGGAUCGAUCCAGCCAGAAUUGUCGGUGCCAUGGAGCCCGCAUCAGCCUGGUCCUGAACAGCGUGAGGAGAGCAACCAUUCUGGCCUAAAGUCCACUCCACUCCUGCCCCGAACCAAACAGACCGACAGACCGACCCACAGACCGGCAGAGCGACAGACAGGCACAGCCAAAGUCAUGGAGGCGAUAUGGCUCUAUCAGUUCCGGCUGAUCGUCAUCGGGGACUCCACGGUGGGCAAGUCGUGUCUGAUACGGCGGUUCACGGAGGGCCGCUUCGCCCAGGUGUCGGACCCCACCGUCGGCGUGGACUUCUUCUCCCGGCUGGUGGAGAUCGAGCCCGGGAAGCGGAUCAAGCUGCAGAUCUGGGACACCGCGGGUCAGGAGCGCUUUAGGUCCAUCACCAGGGCUUACUACCGUAACUCUGUGGGCGGGCUCCUCCUGUUCGACAUCACCAAUCGCCGCUCCUUCCAGAACGUCCACGAUUGGCUUGAGGAGGCUCGUAGCCACGUCCAACCCCACAGCAUCGUCUUCUUACUGGUCGGCCACAAGUGUGACCUGGAGUCACAGCGCCAGGUGACCCGCCAGGAGGCAGAGAAGCUGGCGGGAGCGUACGGGAUGCGCUACAUUGAGACGUCGGCCCGUGAUGCCAUCAAUGUGGAACACGCCUUCACUGAGCUGACCAGAGACAUCUUCGCUUUGGUGCGGUCUGGCGAAAUCACAAUCCAGGAGGGCUGGGAAGGCGUGAAGAGCGGGUUUGUCCCCAACGUGGUUCAUUCCUCCGAGGAAGUGACCAAGAGUGACCGCCGCUGUCUCUGUUGAUCUGGAAAGAGUUAUGAACGAUGGGACUGAAGGUGAAAAGGAGAGGGAAGGAUUCAGAGGGGAGUGGCUGACGGACUGAGGUGUCGGCCCUCUAACUGGCAGCCCCCUGUUAUUCUUCUUUCAGACUGAACACGGAAGGGGAUGUUUGAGGAGUUUCAAGGAAAAGGCUGGUAGAAAACGGCAAAGAACACCUUAUACAUGGGUGGGUUGUGCCCAUUUCUAAAUGCGUUUUAUUUGUUGGAGAGGAAGGAUCACAGAUGCUCAUUUACUUGCGAGGGCUCCCAUGAUUCAAAUCCUUUAGUUUUGUUAUGGGCUUCUUGCCUGAAUAUCCCUCCCUGACAGUCUUAGAAAGGCCUUAGAAAAGAGGAUCCAUUUUAGUUUUUCGCCAAAAUGAGAUGACGCUCUUGAUGUGUCGUCUUUCUUUCUCCCAUCAUCUCUUCCUUCACCUCUCCUCCCACUACUUCUUACCCUUCUCCUCUCCUCCAAUAUGCAAUUACAUGAUCACAUACAAAACGGUCACCUUUACGUUGGUGUCCAACAUCCUCCUAGCACAUACCAUUCAAAACAUUUUAGUCAGCACCCUUAGAUUAACCCUCCCUUGUUAACAAGAAUUGUGUUUCUCUUGUGCUGACAUCUUGCUCCACAUUCCACUAUCAGAGCUCAAUGGAGGAGUCCUGGAGGUCCUAGAUUUAACAAGGGAAGACAGACUUCCUUCCCGGAGCCUUUAUUUUGUUGCCAGAGACCAGAUUAUUUCUCUGUGGAACAAUUUAGGCCUCCAGUGAGCUCAAUGACAUUGACAAUGGUUAUAUCCACUAUCAUUCUGCUAAAUACCGCACUAAAACAUAACACUGUCACCCAUCCAGUUCCUAAUGGACUCCUUAAGCAGGAAGAGGCAACGUGUACAGCUUAACUGACCGAGGUGGACUUGAUGGACUAGCUUAACAACUCCUAAUUGCCUGCCAUUAACUGGGGACUUGUUAAGGUGGACUAAUUGGAAUGUUGGAGCCACAAAGCACCUUUAUAGCCAAGUCCACCUUAACUGUGGAGCUUCAUUUGGGACAUUCGAAGGGCGCAAAAAAGGAAACUGGAGAUAAUUUACUUCUCAAAGGCAAAGCAAACUGAGAGGGACCAGACCACGCAGAGGGAAACUUGAUGAACCACAUUACCCACAAUGCACGCAUACGGACAGGACUGUACCACAUCAUAGUCAAGCAAAGAAGGUCCAAUUGGCAGGCAUUAAAUCCACCCAACACAGAUACAGGAACAGGGACAUUACAAGGUUAAGUUUUGUUCUGAGAGAGUGGUUUACAUGCCUUUUUUAUGUGUGUGCGCAAGUGUAAUAUUGCAUCAAAUUUUUAUUUUCAGUUUAAUGCUUUCCAAAGUUACAGAUGGAUGUAACUGCCAAGAUAACCUUGGAGUUUCAGUAGUUAAAUCUGCACCGAAUCAAGGGAAAACUCUAGUUGUGGUGUCACUGAUUGGCUGUAGCACACGUCUCGAUUAAAGCUGGUUUAACUUUGGUUUCUACGUUUUUUUUUUAAAAGACCUCUACAUUACAUAAAGGUGUUUCUAACUAACGAUCAUUUACAUCUUGAAAAAUGCCUAGUUUCAACAUCAUUUCACUGACACUAUUUCAAGGUGCAGUCAGUGAGACUGUUGAAACAUUGUUAUAUGUGAACUAGAAAAAACACCUUUCAGCCACAUUUAGCCCGGUUUUCACCUAAUUUUAACCUAGAAAUCCCAAAAAUCAGUACUUACUGGGAUGUUUGAUGGUUUAAACCACAGUUUUCUGCCUGAUGUGUGAGUUUACUUUGUAGAGGAAUAGUGUGACAUAUUGGGAAAUUUGCGUGUUCGCUUUCUGGUGGAGAGUUAAAUGAGAAGAUCAACACCCCUCUCAUGUCUGUACACUAAAUAAGAAGCUACCUCCAGCAGCUGGUUAGCUUAGCUUAGCACAAAGGCUGGAGAUAGGGGGAAACACCUUGCCGGGCAACCAGGAAGUUAACUGCGCAGAGCUAAGAUGAUGAAUUGUUCAUUUUACACUUCGAUGUUUGUACCAAUUAAACCAACAAGAUAUAACAUGUUAAUUCACGUGCUUUAGAGUUGCCGGUUGGUGAAUUCUGUUACCUUUGGACAGAGCCAGGCUAAUGGUUUCCCCAUGCUUCCAGUCUUUUUGCUAAGCUAUGCUAACCAGCUGCUCUUCUCAUCUAAGCGUAUAAACGAGCAUGUUUCCUGUUCCUUUAAAGUGUGCAUUUAUUAUAUCGUUACAUUAACAUCUUUAGCUCAGACCAGUUACUGUUCCUUUAAAUGCCAGAAAGAAAACUAAAUCUGAUUGUGUACCAUACUGUGACAUUGGCUGGGAGACUGUGGAUACGUUGAACAGGAGAGAAUGAAAGAUGAAAAACAUCUACAAAAGGUCAAUCAACAUCAGCAGCCGACUCGUCUGCUGCUUGUCCAACACCGGUAAUCUGCUACAUCUUAAGGAAUCAACACUGGACCAAAUAUAUUAAUCUGUUUACCCUGGCAUAAAUAUUUGGUUGUAUUUGCUGUCAUUCAAUGUUUGAAUGAAAGUCAUUCAAACAUUGCGAAGGAAUAGAUAGACACUAAGAGCAUUGUUAGCAAUUAAAUGUACCUUAAAUUACCUAUCACAAAUACCUGGAUGGCUUAGUGUGCAUCUAGAUAUUUAUUGUUUUGCAGAAUCCCCAUUUUAAGUGUUUGCUCCUCUCUCUCUCUCUCUCUCUCUCUCUCAAUAUGAAGAAAUGCAUUUGUCUGAUUGAGAUACUGUUGUAGUUCUAGGAAGAAUACGGUUUGUUUGAAAACCUUUUUAAAACUCUAUUUGACUACUAAUCUGAUCUGCAAUCCCACAUAACUUGCGCAUGUAUAUUCCUGCUAUGAUCAUAACACCUAUUUAUUUUUUACAUUUAUUUAUAGUAAUAAUUACAGUCCUGUAGGGCAGUGAGGAUACUGUAAGUGCUUCAUUUGCUUACACUGUAUGCCUUGUUUUUACAUGUUUCCAAAGAGUUUUGUGUGUGUCAUUUUAUUUUUACAUGAAUGUAUCAUAUAAGAAAUGUGUGAAUGUGUGAAUUAGAAACAUUUCCAGUAAAAGCGACACACCGUUUUCUCCUUAAAAAGCUUUGAUGAUGAGACUUGAACGGAAAUUACUCUAAUGAUAAUCCACCUCCACGGCUAUACACGCUGCAUUAUUCUUUACUGAAGUGUGUGAAAUGCUGUUGCUAUAGGCAGAAAAGAUCGAUCUGCAAAAGUUCUCCCAGGAAUUAAAAAGGUUCUUCCUGAUGCCCUUGUGUUUUUGAGAUUCGACAGUGAGGGGCUGGUUUUUCCAUUUCUCUGACUUGCUGUAUCAUCCACAGUGCUUCCUGCUGAAGCACCUUUACAUGUUGCCAAGCGGCCGCCGUGGAGUAGACAGUUCAGAGGUGUUAAAGUUUGUGUGGGUGGGUGUGGAUGCAGUCUCCUGUGUGUGCAGCUCCUGCUGUCAAGAGUCCUCCAGCAGCUGGUAGAUCUGCUACACUGUACAGCACCUAGUCUAAUCUUCAAGCUCUGUAAUAUCUCGCUUCCACUCUGAAAUAUUGUCUUAAGGAAACACAGUAGUCACAUUUUGGGAAACACAAACUUCUUGCUGAGAGUUAAGGUGAGAAGAAUGAUACCACUCUCAUGUCUGUUUGAUAAAUGUUAAGCUACAACCAGCAGCUGGUUUCCAGACUGGAGACAGUGGCAGUAACAAAACCCACCUACCAGCACCUCUAAAGCUCACUAAUAAAGACUUUCUAUUUUGUUUGUUUAAUCUGUACAAGAGCCAUGCAAGCGGUUUCCCCCUUGUUUCCACUCUUUAUGCUAAGCUAAGCUAACCAGCUGCUGGUUGUAGCUUCAUAUUUAGCGUACAAACGUGAGAGUGGUAUCAAUCUUAUUUAACUCUCAGCAUUCAAGUGAAUAAGUGUAACAGUAUUUCCUACAAUGUCAAGCUAUUCCUUUAAGUAGCUACAAUAAAAUACAGAUUAUC